AUGGAAGACGGUCGAGAAGUAGCCGAAGCGGCCAUCGACGACGAAUCAGUGUUUCACCAGUCCAAAGCUCUGCCACCUCCAGUGCCACCAAAACUGACGAUCAAUGUUCGGCCUGAUCAGAUCAAGAUAGACGUGUAUGAUACAGCGACUCUGUCCGACCCUCAUGUUCAGAGCAUGUUUCAGGCAAUUUCUAUGGGAUCACAGUCCGCAUUAUCUGCCCCAGCUCAGCCCAUUUUACAGAUGACGCAACGUACUCUACCUUCGAGGGAAAGUAUGCGUCCAAAGGCGCCAGCAUUGCCAAUGUGGGCACAAGGGCUCCCUUCGGAUCUGUCUUCUCUUCCUCCUCCUCCACGUACUAAACAUGUGUACAAGAUGGAUGACCCCUUUUCUUUCACCUGGACAGCAUGGGGUGUCCCUUGGAAAGUCCGGAAAGACCGACUUGAGAACACGUGCCUGAGUGCACAAUUUGAGUUGACUGGCAAGGAUUUUAUGGUCAAGUCUGGCCAGCCUUUCCUGCAAGAAUUUUUGUCACCGCCUGGCAUGUUUUCGAACCAGUUUUGGGUCAGCAAAGCAAUUCUAAAGUGGGAUUGUCCUGCCGCAAGUAUGGAAGCUUGGGAAGAUGUAGGCGAUGCCCUUCAUGAGUGCCAAGACAUCAUAUUGAACAGCCAUCGAUUGCUUUCAGCUGAUGAAAUUCCAUCUCUGUCUCUUGUUCGUCCUAUGGAUGCCCGUACGGUUGAUGUGAAUGCCUUGAACAUGUUGAUGUUUCGUAGUGGUUUUGCAGGAGGCUUGGCAUCUGUGACGCAAGAACAAGUGGCACCAUUGCUGGAAUCCCUGUACUAUUUUGAAGGUUGGAAAAAUCGUCUGACGGAAGUUGUUCCCUUGUACCGGCAAGAUCAGUUGUGUGGCUUAGCCGUGUUUGAAACUUACACUGAGCCCGUCCAAAUGAAGCUUCACCCCACUGGAGCCCUAGUGCCUUUUGUGAAAAUGUUUCCCUUCGGACAUGGAACCAGUAAUAGAGUGGCGGGGCUGAUUCUCAAACACAAGUUGAUACUGCCCACCUCAUCAAAGGAUGUACAGGGCAACCAAUAUGCCCCCAGCCCAUCUUUUUACUGCAGGGUUUCAGUCAGUGGAGUGACGGCUGCAAAUUGGAACAAACUUCGUGUUGACAUGAUUUUUCAAACAUUUCGGCAGUCCAGUACCAAAGAAUCACAUGUCAUUGGUGUUUUCGGAACGCGGCAGACGAGCUAUGCUACCAUGUCUUCUGGUGGUGUCAGUGCAGAAGGGGCAGCUGCGCAUUUCUGGGACGCAGUUCAUCACACUCGCGAGAAGAGAUGGGCCAUUCGGUGCCAGAAUGCUGUGCCUUUAGGACUUCCAGCAUACACAGGCAGGGUGGCACGUCAGCACAAGGAUGCAUCAUGGGAAUCACAGUUCGAUCUUCCCUCAGCGUGGACUAACAAUGCGGAGUUCCUGGACACGAAUUUGGUCUAUGGCCUAGCUCUUCCUAGACAGGUCAUUAGCACUGCAGAGCAGGCAAGAAUGCUAUUUUCAAGUUUUGUGAGUAAGAUGAUCAGGGAACGAAAGAUGGACUUCAAUGUUUUACUUUCAUCUGUUGCCCAAAAGAAUGGUCUUUCCAGUGAUCUUGCGGUUUGGGAGAACCGGAAAGAAGCCUUGAAUGCUUUGGCCGUGUAUGUUGUAGAUCACCUUGCUGAGCUUGUUCCAGAAGAUCCUAGCCGUACCAUGAUGGACCGCCUUCGGGCGUUGGAGAUGGAAAACGCGCAGCUCAAGACUCAGGUAGCGACUGCCCCGCCAGGCGACCAUCAGGUGCCACCGCCCACGCCCAAGCCAAGCUCAGGGGCCAACAAGCCACCAGAUCACUCGAAACCAAGUCAAACCACCCUGAGUUUCUCAAAGGCCCCAGAAAACGCAAAUGCCCACGCCCUCAACGAAAUCAAGGAACUUGGGCUGGGAGAUUCAAAAGCCAGGUUGGAGACUGAGGCCCCAAGGUCUCACACAAUUCAGUCCAUCAACGCUUGGAUGAAAACACAUGUGAAACAGACCAAGGAUCAAAAGGAUUUGGAUGAUCGUGCUAAGCGUUUGAAUCAGGCUUAUGAACGUCUUGAUCCAGGCAAUGCUCCCAGUUUAGGACGUAUGUUGACGGCUUGGGGCCUUGAACCAACAGAAGCAUCCAAGUACAAACCCAAUGAGGCUUUGAAGACCAAUAAGAAAAUCCUCGAACUUUUGGUGGCUUGUCAGGUGGAUGACCGUUUCAAGCUACAUGACUUCCUCACUCCUGGAGGGGCUGCACCUCCCUCCAACAUCCCAAUGACGUUGCACUCUUUGGCUGUGGACGUGAAGGAACUUUGUCGGAUUUGGUUGCGGGAACUUGUACUCCGCCGGAUCUUGUUCUACGUUGAAAGAAAAGAGCGCUUAUCGACAGAGCCUGAUGAACCUCACUCUGGCUUGGCCAACAAGCUUUUGUCUUUGUGGUCAUGUGGCACUCUUUCAGCCACUAUGAUCAGAGAGAUAGCCCACCUGGCCAUGCAAGAUGGUGCUGACCAUCCAGAGCUGGUUUCCCUGGCCAAGGUGGGCAACUGGCGUGCACAAACUGGGAAUUGCCAUAAGCAAAUCAUAAACCAGUUUUGCCCUCACAUCAUGUUGCCUGAACCUUUUCAGGUCAAGGUGCCAUGUCUGGAUCCCAAAUCUUCUUUGGAAAAGGAAGAUUGGGCCAGCCUAUUCUUGCCCCAUCUCCUUUUUGCACAUUUGGGGGAGCAUUACCCAAUGUUCUUCCAAAAAGCAUUUUGUCUUGGAAAAGACAAUCUGCAAAAAUUCUGGGCUGGGGUGGAGAAGGUUGGAGAUGAUAGAAUAUGGGACCACCCCAUGUGUUUGGAAAAGCACUGGAGGGACAGAGUGAUCCCAUUGUUUCUACAUGGGGAUGGAGUGGAGUUCCACAACCGUGAUAGCCUGAUGGUUUGGAGCUGGGGUUGCCUCUUGGGGGACAUGCCAUCAAUGCAGCAGCACAUGCUGCUGGCAUGCUGGCCUAAGAGUUGCACCACAGCCCAAACCUGGAAGCCUAUCUGGGAAUGGCUGAAAUGGUCCUUUGAAGCUCUUGGAAAAGGGUUUCAUCCAACAAAGGAUCCUUAUGGCAAGCCAUUACCUGCCAAGCUGCUUGGAAAAGCAGGGAAACCUCUUCAUCCCAUGUCCUGGAAAGGACAAGUGUUCAGCAUUCAAGGUGAUCAUGAGUUUUACUCUAACACCUUGAAGCUGGUUAAGUGGGCUAGCCAUUUGCCGUGCUGGGAAUGUGAUUGCCAGAAUUGGGAAGGGUGUGACCUAGACAAAAGCAUGAGGCAGCUGGAUUUGGAAAAGUCCACUUGGGAAAUUUAUUCCCAUGCUGACCAUUUGGCAGACCCUUGGUCACAGCAUCCUGUGUUCCAACUGCCUCAUGUCAGUGCCAAAAAUGUCAGGGGUGACCCCAUGCAUAUUUUGUUCUGCAAAGGUGUGUAUGGGCACCUCAUUGGUAGCAUCCUCCAUUACCCAUGCUGGUAUGAGGGGCCUGGAAAGGUCUGUAAGGAGAAGCCUUGGAAAAGGCUUGGGUUGAUCUUUGAAGCAAUCCAGGAAGAAUACAAAAAACAAAACCUCAAAAACAGGUUGACUAACCUUAGGUUAUCCAUGUUCACAGAUGCUGCCAAGCCCUGGGCUGGCAAAACAUCUUUGGAUUGCAAGGCUGGGGAAGCAAAACAUCUCCUCCCUGCCUUGGUGCCAGUCUUGGAAAAGUUGUUUGAAGGCACCAGGAAAGAAGAAGAGAUCAAAAUGAUCUCUGCAGCCACCAAUUUGGAAAAGUUGGUGGCUCUUUGGGAUGAAGCAGAUACCUUCCUCACCAUGCCAGAGUUUGGAAAAGCUCUGAGUCUUGGAAAAGAUUUCUUGCUGGAUUACAAAUGGCUACAUGCCUGGUCCUUGGAAAAGGACAGGAAUUCCUUUGCCAUUGUAAUGAAAUUCCAUACCUUCUGUCAUUUACUGCUAAACAGCAGGUAUAUGAACCCCAGGCGGCAAUGGAAUUUCAGGGCAGAAGAUUAUGUGGGUCACAUCUCAAAGAUGACCCAUUCAAUCUCAUUUGGUGUUGGAGCCACCAGGAUCAGCACCAAAUUGAUUGCUAAGUACAGGGUUCAUCUUCAUCUCCUUCUGACCAGAGGCCUGGAAAGUGGCACAGACAUAGGAAGUGAUGAUGAACUCUGA